CUGAGGUUUGAGCCCUGGGCGCAGGUGCUGAGGACUCAGGCAGAGUCGGAGCGCAAGCCGCAAGCGGGAGCUAGAGCCAGAGCUGGGUGGAAGCGGUUUGAGAGAGCGGGAGCAGCCCAGCCUAGGGACCUGAGUGCGGGACAGCUACCAGCUCGACCUCCCAUCCCCCUUGGGACCCGGCACCGCCACCAGCCUCUGGACUCCGCGCCCUCCCUGCUGACACCCGACCUCAUUGCAGGAGGGAGGGGGGAGCGUGGGCGAAGAAGGCUGUCCGCCUCCUCUCCGUUUAGUCUUGAAGGGAGGGGGGCUGUAGAGAAGCUGCAGCGUCCUCGGGACUCGGGAAAGAGGACGAAAAACCAUGCCCAAGGCGACUCCUGUUAAGGUGACUGUGACAUUUGAUGAUGUGGCUGUGUAUUUCUCAAAGAAUGAGUGGAAGAAACUGGAAUGGUCCCAGAAAGAACUUUAUAAGCACGUGAUGAGAACUAAUUAUGAAACCUUGAUCUCUUUGGAUUAUACUAUUCCCAAACCAGACUUGAUAUCCCAUAUUGAACAAGGAAAGGAACCAGUCUUUAAGAAGCGGGCAAAUUUGGAGACACAUGUGAGGACGAUCCAAUCUGGCGCUAACGAGCUGCACAACUCCAACAGCAUUGUGGGACAGCAAUCUGGCACUAAUGAGCUAUGUAACUCUGACAAUAUUGAGGAACAGCAAUCUAGUCAUGACGAACUAUGUAAUUCCAACAGCAAUGAUGAACAGCAAUGUGUCUCUGGAAACCAAAGAGCUGUUCAGCUAAGAGCAAAGGAAUACCAUUUUGGUGGUCCUCAAAACCAUGACUCCUCUGGAUCUUCACUACUGAAAGAGGGAGAUGUUUUCUGCAGGCCCAACCAAAGAAACAACUUGAGAAACCUCUCCUCCCAAAACACACAGCCUUCAAUUCCAGAAGGCCCCACUGGGCACAGAUUCUAUCCCUGCCAUGUAUGUGGGAAAAGCUUCCAGUUCAAAGGUCACUUGGUAAAACACCAAAGGAGCCACUCAGACAACCAAUGCCAAUGCCCAAAGUGCAAGAAGAAAUUCAGCAGGCAAUCUGACCACAGACAGAAAGGAAAGAACAAAAAAAAGGGAAAGAACAGAAAAAGAAUCUACGAGUGCAGUGAGUGUGGUAAGAGCUAUUGCCUGAAAAGGAACCUGAAUGCCCAUCAACGUCAGCACAAUGUGGAUGAUUUAACUCAAGAAUCUAAAAGGAAUAAGAAUGUCACCCGCAAGGUCAACCGAAAGAGGCCUGAGCGCACAUUCAGCAGGGGGAAUGUCUUCACUUGUAGGGAGUGUGGGAAAAGUUUCUGCCAGGAAUCUUACCUGAGAACCCAUCUAAGCUUGCAUAAAGAGGAAAAGCUGUUUAUCUGUGGUGAGUGUAACAAGUGCUUUUCUUAUCAGUACAAGUUCAUUGAACACAUAAGAAUUCAUACUGGGGAGAAACCCUUCCAGUGUACCAGCUGUGGAAAGAGCUUCCGCCUCAAGGUCAAUCUGAAGAUUCAUGUAAGCCUGCACAAUGGGGUUGAUCCUUACCGCUGUAGUGAAUGUAAAAAGACCUUUGCUCACAAAUCAAGCCUCGUCCGACAUGUCAGAAGACUUCAUCGACUAGAUAGGCCUUUUAAGUGUCCUGAGUGUGACAAGACCUUCAAAAGGAAGACCACCAUGAAACUCCAUUAUGGCCUACACAAAGGGGAAAGACCAUUCCCUUGCACAAAAUGUGACAAAUGUUUCAGUCAACAAAUUAAACUUACCGAACACAUGAGAGUCCACACUGGGGAGAAACCUUACGCAUGUCCUGAAUGUGGUAAAAAAUUUCGCCUGAGGAGAAGUAUGAUAGCCCAUCAGAGCGAACACAGUGGGAUGAAGUCCUUCAUCUGUGGAGAGUGUGGCAAGAGAUUCCUCAUGCAGUACAUGCUCACAGAACACUUCAGGGUCCACAGUGGAGAGAAGCCCUUCCAGUGUGGUGAAUGCGGUAAGAACUUUACCCGGAGAACCAACUUGAAUGCCCACAUGCGUAUACAUACUGGACAAAAGCCAUUCUCCUGUAGCCAGUGUGGCAAAUGUUUCCCCCAUCAUUCUAAGCUCGCUCAGCACCUUCAAGUGCACAACAAGGAAAAAACCUUCCAGUGUCCUGAAUGUGACAAAAGCUUUCGCCAAAAUAGAAGUCUGAAGGCCCACAUGAGCCAGCACAAUGGAGAGAAGCCUUUUGCUUGUAAAGAAUGUGGCAAAAGCUUUGCCUUACAGCAUGUCUUCAAUGAACACAUCAGGGUUCACAGUGGGGAAAAGCCCUUCCAGUGUCCUGAAUGUAACAAGUGCUUCUAUAGAAAGGCUACCAUGAAGGUCCAUCAGAACAGACAUAAGCAGAAAAAGUCAUACCCAUGCCCCAAGUGCGAAAAAUGUUUUUCCCAGCGUUGUGAGCUCACAGAACACGCUAAAUCUCACCAAAAGAAGAAGGCCUUCCAGUGUUCUGAGUGUGACAAGAGCUUCUCUCAGGAAAAAUCUCUGAAGGCCCAUGAGAGUCUACACAAAGCAGGGAAUACACUUUCCUGUGAUGAAUGUGGUAAAAAUUUCAGCCGGAAGUGUGAGCUAAAUAGACACAUCAAGAUCCACACUAGGAAGAAGUCCUUUCAGUGUCCUGACUGUAAAAAGUGCUUUGUCCACAAGUCAUCCUUGAGGGCACACCACCAUGUACAUAAGAAGGAAAGGCCAUUCUUAUGUUCUGAUUGUGGCAAGAGUUUUGCUUAUGUGGGUGCAUUCAAUACCCAUAUGGCAGCCCAUGCUAAGGAGAAAACCAAGAGUGCCAGGUCAGAGAAGAGUUCCAGAAAAGAGAAGAGUUCCAGGUCAGAGGUGGUACCCAAUAGUGCUAGCUCUUUGGACCAAUGAGCAUCAUUAGAGUUAAUUCUAGGUAUAAUUCUAUAAUUUGAUGGGAAGCUAUACCAGGAUGUACACCAGUCAAAUGGGUCAAUAGUUCAGAAGAUAUAGAAGGCUGAGUAAAUCCAAGAAUCUGAGAGACCACAAAGAGCCUUCUUUCUAAAGCCUUACACUGAAGCUUCUCUUUGCCCUUUCCUAAAAAUAUGAGUUCACAUUGCUCUUAUUGACUCCUUUAGUGCCUUCUAAAGGUGUGAACAACCCUAUACCCAUUGACCCUUCUUUCCUUCUCUCCUUCUCCAGGGAUUUCAUAGCCUUAUACACAGAGAAUAUCCUAAAAAAGACCAUGAAUGAGGACAUGUGAAGGGGUUGAAAGUCUUCUAUAGCUUGACCUACUCUCAAUUUCCCUUUCCUAGAAUUCUUUGAUUAAACUUAAGAGUAUCAUUCCCAUGAAGUGAAUACUUUCUAAUAGGGAGGAGAUUCCUGAGAGAUAGCUCUAUUUGUUUUUUAAAAAUGGGAUGACAUUAUCCCAGCUUUUAGAAUAAUUAUCCUCUUAAGUCUUAAUCAUUACUUUCACAGUUGUAUUAAACUUUUCUAGCUGGAAAUGACAUCUUUGGUGACAAACAAUAGGCUUUAUAUUUAACCCCCCUUUAUUUCCACAAGUAUUUAUCACUUCUGAAAAAUGUUUGAGGAUGGUUAAAGAAAAUCCCAGAUUGAAAAAAAAAUCAGUAAAACCUUGGCCAUAUUUUGUUCUGCUGUGGAAGUUAACACUAGUGCUUUUGUAUACCUCGUGGCAUAAACUACCAUUGCAAGAGUUGCUUGUUUUUUAAAUGGUAAGUGGGAUUAAGGAACAUACCUGUUAGGCCUAUAUACUCUAUGGAAUAAUUUCCCUAAGAAUGAACAAAUAAGGCUUUAGUUUGGUGUUUACUUCUGAACAUUCUCAAAAGACUUACAACUUUCUUUCACCUGCUGUAUUAUCUUAGGCCAGGAGAAAUUUAGUAACUAUCUUCUUAUUUUUAGUCCCUAGAUGAUUUAUCUAUGUGUAUAUAAGUAUGUAUAUAUAUCUAUGUAUAUGUGUGUGUAUGCUUAUAUACAUAUGCAUAUAUAGAUGUAGAUCUAUUUAGAUAGAUAGAGCUAUAUCUAUAUAUAGUAAAUAAUGAGCAAUUCAACAACCAUUUUAUGUUCUAAACAUUUGCUUCUGAGGUUUCCCUAAUAACACUUAGGAUCACAAAUUUUGAGCUGGAAAAUUUUUUCUUAACCCACUACUUUCUAAUGACUUGCCCUUUUGAUGCCCACAGUUACUUAUAAAGCUAACUCGAGGUUGAUGACCAAAGAUUACACAUUACUCAUCCUUAUAAACUUCUUGGCCUCUACUUUUUAUUCCUUAAGAGAUGUCUUUUUUUCUCCCCUCUGAAUACUUUAAAACACAAUUAAACAGAGCUGUUUUAGAAUUAGGAUUUUAAUAGUGGUUCAAAGAAAAAAUGUCAAUAACAGAUUAUGAAUUUCAUUAGGAAGAUGAGAAAAGUUGUAUUUGGACCAAACUAGAGAUAGCCUACAAAGUCUUCAGUCAGCAAAUACUUAUUGAAUUCCUACCAUGUACAAAGGACUGCUGCUAGGUAGUGUGAGAAUUUGAAAAGAGCUUCUGCCAUUGAGUACUUUAUAAUCUAGUUGGAGAGAGAAGACAUAUAUACCUAAAAAACUUGAAAUAUACAAAGGUAUAAGUAAAAUGUUCAGAAAUAAUUUCCUCUUAGUCUUUGUCAUGGAAGAGGGGCAAUGGGCUAACAGAAGCUAUACUUUGUUCUAUGUAAAAAAAAAAUCAAAUUUUAUUUCAAUAACCCAGAAGAGGAGGCAGCUAGGUGGCUCAGUGGAUAGAGCACCAGCCCUGGAUUCAGGAGGACCUGAGUUCAAAUCCAGCCUCAGACCCUUGACACUUACUAGCUGUGUGACCCUGGGCAAGUCACUUAACCCCAAUUGCCUCACCCCCCCCCAAAAAAAUAACCCAGAAGAAAAGUGUGUGGAGAGGGAUCAGAAUUCAGGAAGCCAAGAGACAAAAGAUGUAGUAUGUCCCCUUCCCCUGACUUUGCUUGUUUACCAGUAGUUUGUUCGGCCAUGUAAAGGUCUGUUUAAAAAUCAAAGGAGAGGAGGGGGCGGCUAAGUGGCACAGUGGAUAAAGUACCGGCCCUGGAUUCAGGAGUUCCUGAGUUCAAAUCCGGCCUCAGACACUUGACACUUACUGGC